GUUAGGAUCAACAAGAAUAACAUGAUUACUUGUUCUGGCUCUACCACUGCCUUGUAUGAACACUAUCAACAGCUGAUUUUUGAAUCGGUAUAAACAAAGACGUUUACUGGCUACAACCACAACCCUUUACACAUUAUGUUAAAAAUGAUUUUACUGAUUACGAAAUCUAAGAUACCUAUCCCGCAUGCGGGUACGUGCAAUAAGUACGAGUAGUAUUUUUAUCAAAGCUCAGAUUGUGCUGCGUUUGGGGCGGUGACAUUUGUUCAGCUGCUUCAUAUUGAGUCACUUACGUUACAUAAUCGGAAUGCCACCAGUUUUCAAAUCUCUGGUUCGGUUAGAAUUCACUCAACUUGCGGCGCUACAAAAAUUGAGGCCCUUGAAGGACUCGGCCGAAUGGACACUAGUCAUCAGAUGUUUUUCGACUGCCGACAAAGUUCUUGCCACAAGCGAAAGCAUCGUGCUCGCCCCCGACUCUUCUGCUGGCGCAAAAGUAUUGUUAAGUGUCCCACUGGAGUUUUCGACCUGGGGUGACCUGGACAAUAUUGUGCACUCUCCCAUAGCCAUUAAUUUUAAUGAAAUCGAAUUCAUAAAAGAUAAGAAAAAGCCAGUACCCGAUGAGAAAUCUGAUCUUCUGGGACAAGUCUUGCUCGAUCUGUUGCCUUUAGUAUUAGGAAGAACGGAAAUAGCUCCGACAUUGCCCGUUUUCGUUCCUAAAAGAGACGGUGCCGACAAUCAGUCAGGCGCAAGCGCAGCGCUGGGCGAUGAGGUUACCAUAAGUGUUCUUGCCAAGUUAGAAAAACCUCUUGUUCCUGACGAAUACCAGAAGUCGUUUAACAUCGUACAAAUUUUUAUAGAUGGAUGUUACGGUAUGCCCCCUGCUUGGACAGGGAAUGCGAGCGCGAGCAGUUCUUUUACCAUAGCUGGCGCUAUGUGCACAUCUAGCACCCAUAUGCGUGUUCUGGCGGUUACCAAUAAAUCACUCCAAGAAAGCGUGGAUUCCACCGCGAUUAGAUGGCCUUCGCAGAGCUGCUUUGUAACAGAGAGUGUUUACAAGGGACUGCAUACCUUCGAAUCUCAGUGUGCCUUAUCGGAUACCGAUUUCCAACGAAGAGGCCCGCUUCUACCAUCCAGCGUACUGUUUCGUUGUGUUUUGCCCUUCGACGCGGAAGACUGUUUCAAAGCCAGGUUAAUGGCCACCAAAACGUGGCCUUUGGAGAUUGUGAAUGUGACAUAUCCGGAGAAACAUCUCGGAGUCAAGCCAAAGAAAGCGGCUGACAUACUACCCAGUGCACCGGAAGAGCCAGUGUUGACUAAACAUGGCGCUGCAUACGUUGACCUGGAACCACUAUUGCGCCCUGGAAUGUGUGAAGUGUCCGGCUCUUAUGCAUUUCGUCCCUUCAGUCUGGCAGAAUUCUCUGCAAAAACAGGAACCAAAAGCGCCGUGUACGAAUUGUACCCUGGAGGGAACAAUGUAAACACUGACAGCGAAAAGAAAACCGUUACAGCGAGUUCGAAAAAAGUGGGGGAGCAUCAUUCGACACUUACUUUAAGAAAAUCGAUGGCUCCUUCUGCCACCCCUUCUCAAGAAAUUGUUCCCCAGCUUAAUCCACGAUCACAAAAUGAUGCCGAUUUGUACCUUACCCACAAUUCAUUUGUUCGGGUAAAGGUAGCAUUAUUGAAGCCGUUUGUGCCUAAAACAGUACGAACUUUUUCCGUGGAAGAUCGAUCGCUGUAUUUGCAUUCACUACCCCGUCGAUCUGGUUCUGAAUGGCCCAACGAUAACGGCAUAGCGGCUACUAAAGCGCUACAGGAGGAUGUUAAAAACAUCAAGGAUUAUCUGGCAGCUCUGUAUCAACAACAUCCAACAGAAAACUGGAGUGAGUAUUAUCGGGCUGCUUUGCAAACAACCGAUAAAUCUGAACCGAUGGUUUUGCUCCAUCGAACGCUUUACGACCACAUUCUCCGUUUUGUGCGAGAUCGGUUUUAUCGAAUUAAGCCAUUUAAAGACCGUUCGGAAUAUGAGCGUUAUGUUCGUACAGUUUAUGCAAGUUUGGCACGUGAAGUCAGCGAUGCCCUGAAAGGUCAGUCAAUGCAACGUACCGAAAUUUCGCAAACAAAAUCAUCGCCAGAAGCGCGAGCAAAUCUCCGGACAGACACGGAUUUGAAAGUCCUAUCAAUGCAAGAAGAUUUGGACGGAAAUUUUAGUAAAGCCGAGCAUUUCCUUGGACUUAGAGUGAUAAGUAAAGGGGGCAGUGCUUCAGCCUGGAAGGACAUCGGGAUGUUUCAGCUACGCUUUAGAAAAUUAGACCAAGCCGUACAGUCGUUUUCGCGGUGGUUGUCAAAAGAAGAACUUAAUCCGGAUGCAUUGUUGGUUUUGGGAUAUGCAUUUUGCGAACUUGGAAAACUAAAUUGGGCGCAGACCAUAUUUGAAUGCGUCGCAUCUCUUUGUCCGAAGAAUCCGCUACCUGCAACCAUUCUUGGAUUGUUCUAUGAGCAUCUGGCAAGUGACCAUUCUUCAGAGGUGUACACGUUUCUAAUGGAAAAAUCAUACCAUGAAGGUCGUAUUGCGCUUGGUCUACAUGGUGCUGUGUUGGAAGCUGCCGAUAAUUCUUUACGGCAACGAAGAAUAUCUGUCGGGUGCGAACUGGAAACAAUGCCAAAAGGUGACGCGGCUGUAGCGGAAUGCCGGCGUUUAUUGGUGAACCUCAUUGAUUCACGUGAAUCAGCCCUGGAAUACACUAAUAGAGAAAGUGAGCCCCAUGAAAAAACUGAAACUGAAAGUCUCUUCUCACCAGUGACCGGCUGUCAGACUUACCAGGAAGACAUGAGAUCCCUGAUAAACAGCACGAACAUGCAAUUUGCUACCAAUAUCUUCUGGUACUGUUUACCUUACUUGAGCAGAAAUGGCUUACUGCGGUUUCUACAAAUGUCUGUUGCGAAAUUAGCUGGCUUAUGCCCCAUGAACGAGACAUUAUUCUGGACAUGCAGUAUACAGAGUUUCUUGGCUCACCGGAAGUACGAUCAUGCCGAAAUCCUUUUAACCGAACUUGAUCGUCUCGGAGAAAGUAGCGCCCGGUUUUAUGCUUACUGUGGACAUCUGAACUAUCUGCAAGGACGAAGUAGUAGUGCGGUACUGGCCUACGAGAAAGCGCUUAAGCAACACGAUUGCCUUAAGAAAUGGGAGCUGUUUCCGUUGUAUUAUCGCUCCGGUACCCUGUUCGAACAAAUGGAGAUUUACUUUGAAGCAAAGAAAGCGUUUCAUGAGGCCGCUAAAAUUUACGGGACAUGUCGAACGUGGAUCGGAUGUGGCACUGCAAGCUACAAGCUCAACGAUUUGGUACAUGCUGAAUACGCUUUCCGACAAGCUUUAGCUGUGGACAACGGGAACCCCUUGUCAAAAAAAUAUUUGUCUGACAUUCGCCAACGGAGCAGACAAACUAUGAUGAAGUAGAAGGCCUGAAACCCGGCCGUGCUAUGGUGAUCAGCACGAUUCCGAAGAAAUCGAAACUCACAUUGCCUGUAAAUCUGCUUUGUGGCAUCCGAAUUUCAAAAUGGCUAUGUCUAGCUUUCAGGAACCUGGAGGCGCUUAUUAAGGAGAAAAAAUUACGGAGAAAUUCACGCAUUUAGACUUCAUGUAUUUUUUGUAAUUCAUUUUAUGUAUUUAGAAUGAGAUCAGUGCAGUCGAGCUUUGCCCAUGUGUUUAACCAGAAGGUCAUGCUGAGUGAAAUAUGUCAAAAAUCCGACCAAAUUUCUUUAGUUCGCGCAUAAUUGUUGUUAGUCGAGACUGCUUAAGUAAACCAUAGAACGCUUUAAUAUUUUUAACGAAGAUAACCAACUGUUCCUCUUGCUGUAAAUGUGGCAGUCAUGAAUGAACACCAAUCCUGGUACCCUUUUAACUAAAAGAUAUCUAUGUUAAUAACAAAACAUUGGCAAAUUAUAUUGUAAAAGCCUGUUUUUUCGGCAUAACAGUCACUGUCAGACGCGUUUCCUGAAAGUCACAGGUACAACUUUAGGGCUUAUCCAAAGUACGGCCAUCUUCCAUAUCCUCCGUAAUUGUAACCAACUCCCAUGCAACAUUCGGCCAUGAAAGUAGUGCACAUGCAUCCUCCGUACACGCGUUUAGCGCGUUCUAAUUGUUGAAGCGCGUUUGGGGUUU